UAACGGUUCAGUUACUCGUGAACGUCUAAGGAUGAAACGUGGUUCCACGUCAUAUCGGACUACGAUGGCUUUAGUACGUUGGAAGUUAGUGUGGAUCGUGUUGCUUGCCGCCUCUAAUCAAGCAUUUGUAAUUCCUGCAAAGGUGAUGCUACGAUUCGGAGUGCACGAUAAACGAAACGAAACCCGCCAUAUUCCUUCCCCUGCCAUUCCUGGCUUCUACAAUCCGAUUAACAGCUUUGGAGGUUCCAGCGCCGGUUCCAGUGCGGACGCCAUCGCUAGUAGCUUUGGAGCCUCCAAUGGAUUUUCCGCUUCAACUGCUGCAUCGAAUGCUGCUAGUCACAGCUUUGGGGUCCCUGAUCAAUCAGGCUUCUUUCCUGGAGUCUCUGCCUCCAGCGCCGGCUCCAGUGCGAAUGCGAUCACCAACAACUUAGAUGGCUUUGGCGGGUUUUCCGGUUCAAAUGCAGCAUCGAACGCCCUCAGCCAGAACAUAGGCGGAUUCGGUAUCUCCAGCUCCAAUGCAAAUGCGAAUGCAUUUAGUCAAGGGUUUAAUCCCAACGGUUUCGGUUCUUCGGCUGCGAACGCUCAGGCACAGUCAUUCCAGAGUAACAGUCCGUUCGGUUCGUUCGGUGCGUCCGCUGCAAACGCUGCCAGCCAGGGAUUCAGUGUCGGGCCGGGCGGCCUGAGCGGGUCGGCUGGUCAAUCUGGGAGCCAAUCCUACAACCUGCCCGGCAAUCGAAAGAUUUCGCUCUCGUAUUCGAACGGAUUUUCGCUCGCGAACGGUGCGCCCUCGGUUUCGAAUGGGUUUAGCAUCUCGCAAAGCUAGCAUCGAUCACGUCACCAGCAUCCCCCCAGUGAUUGUUUAUUAGUAAGAAAAUGUUUGAAUUCUCGAUGUACUAUCAAUUCGAUCACUGCAAUAAAUCAAAGAAAGACGGAA